AUGAAUGCCCAAACAUGCUUAGCAAUUGUGUCAAUCCUCCUCAUCCUAAGUGUGGAACAAGUCCAAGUGACAAAAGCCGUGACGUGCAACCCAAUGCAGCUGAGCCCGUGUGCGACGGCUAUAACAUCUCCGAGCAAGCCGAGCAAGGUGUGCUGUGCCAAGCUUAAGGAGCAGAGGCCUUGCCUCUGCCGGUACGUGAAGAACCCUUACCUUCAAAAGCUCAUCAAGUCCCCCCGUGCCAAGAUAGUAGCCGCCUUUUGUGGCACCCGAUAUCCAAGAUGCUAA